AUGUCUUUGCGAGCAGCAUUCUUCCCCGGACAGGGACUGCAGAGACCCCGAAUGCUGCAGAAACUGUGGCAACAAUCGGCCAUAAGAGAAACGCUCAAACCGGCACUGGAUCAGCUGAAGACCGAGGUCCAGGAGGUGCUACUGGGCAACAGCAGUCUGGGCGAAGACGAACAAAUGAAGCUGAUUACACAGACACAAAACGCCCAGCCGGGGAUCCUUCUCUCGUCUUACGCCAGCUUCCUAGCCAAUCAGGGCGCCAGCAAAAACUACUCCCAUCUGCUGGGCCACUCCCUCGGAGAGUACUCGGCUCUGGUGUGUGGAGGCUACCUGACUCUCGAGCAGGGAGUGCAAUUGGUCCAGAAGCGGGGCUACUACAUGCAACGAGCCAACGACGAGAGUGGCAAGGAAACAGCCAUGGUAGCAUUGUUGUUGCAUCGCACGGUUGACAUCAACCGGUUGGUCCAAGCCUGCGAGGGCUGGAACGGAGCCAAUGUGGCCAAUAUCAACAGCAGCGGCCAGGUGGUUCUCAGUGGCGAACGGUCCGCCAUCAACGAGCUAGUUGCGCAUCUCAAAGCCUCCAAACUGCGGGUUCUGAAGGCAAUCCCCCUGAACGUUUCAGCGCCGUUCCAUUCCGCCAUCAUGGCUCCGGUGGUGUCCGAGCUCGAUGCGGUUUGUCAGCAGCUCAAGAUCCGUCCCGAUUUCAGCGCUGACAAGCCGCAGGUGGUAUCCAACGCCUCGGGCAAGCCGUUCGGCUCUGCCGACGAGAUGUACGAGUCCAUGAUCGGGUCUCCAGUGCAUACAGUCAAUUGGCUGGCUAGUGUGGAAUACCUAAAACACGUCGGAGUGGUAGAAUCGGACGGCUACGGUCCUGGAUGUGUCGACAUUGGCAAGAUGGUGCUGCCAGGAGAGAGAUAUGACUAA